AUGGACGUUGCACCAGCUACGCCGUCGGCAACAGCUAGGCGACAGCAACCAGCAACACCGGCAACCGCUUCGAACAGCGACCUCAUUGACUUCCCAACUCUUGGAACCGCAGAUGUAGCCAUCUUCUGGGAUUUCGAAAACGUACGGAUUCCAGCUUGGUGCCCCACCACCACUGCGUCAGAGGGUAUCCGUAACAAGGUAGCGAAAUAUGGGCGUAUUGUUGAGAAGAGGCUUUACUAUGAUUCUCGACAGCCCACAGAGUACACUGCACCCCGCGCUGAGCUUGACCUCAGUGGUUUUACGCUUGUGGACUGUCCAACUCGCAAUCGAAAAGAAACGUUGGACAAGAAGCUGAUUGUUGAUGUCCUGUGUUUUGCCUGGGAACGAGCAUCGCGGGGUGCAAAAGCAUGCGUGGUUCUCAUCACUUCAGAUGGUGAUUAUUCGUAUGCCCUUGCAAGGCUCCGGGACAUUGGAGUUUUUACUGUCAUAAUCUACCGCCCUGACAUUGUAGCCAAGGUUCUCAUUGACAAUGCCAACGUAGUCAUGUCAUGGGAAUAUGAUGUCUUGGGUGGACCUCCACAAGCUUCAGAAGAAGAUGACCAUGAAACAACUGGAACUCAAGACAAGGUGCCAAGUGUCGUGCGCAAGCUCACAUAUUAUGACCCUGGUUCCAGUGCAGAUGAUGGCGAGAACCAGUCUUCUUCCAGUGGGCCGAUUGUUGCAAAGCAGCCCAACGUUCAAACACGUGGAAAGUUUGCGUUGUUCUUCAGUGUUGUCCUGGAUGGUCAGCAUCGAAAUGUGAAGGAGGGCAUCAGUGUGUACUCAAGCUGGGCGGAAGAAGCGAAUAUCGCUUCAACUUUCUACUCAAAGGUUGGAGAGAAGGAUCGAGAUGCCUACAUCCACAUCCGCAACAUGGCAACACGUCAAAACUUUGUCGAGUGGGGAAGGCGGAAUCUAACUGCAAUUGGCAAGCCAGUGAUCAAAGUCAAAGAUCGCGACGAAAAAGCUGAAACUUUGUCACUGGAAACCUAUCUGAGACUGACCUACUCCGGCCUCGCCGUUUUGAAGCCCAACGUUGCUGCAACGGCAAACGAUUGGACGUUGGUUUUACCCAAAACCAACAAGCAGAAAGCAGAGAAUGACGGGUCUGUCACUUCCUCCGCCCCCACCUCUCCGUCCAAGUCCAGCUUUGGGAAACUGUUUGUUGGAGGCUUGGCAUGGCAAACCACGGAAGAUAGUUUGCGCAGCUACUUUGUUCAGUUUGGCCCAUUGGAUAAGGUUGCUGUAAUGGAGGGCCGUGGUUUUGGCUUUGUUUUCUUUCGAAACCACAAUGAUGCAGAGAUUGUCUUGAAAAAUGCGGGUCAUCAUUUCGUGGACAAGAAGUCGAUAGACGUCAAGCAAUACCAGAGGUAGGAAGAACGGAACCACCAUGGGUGCAUCGAGCAGAGAAGUCACUUAUCGCCCCACAAAAGUUGCAAAAGAUCCUUUGUUUCUCCCAACUUAUAAAGGAGUCCAUCGUAGAUGUUUGGGAUACCGGUAGCUGACCUAACUGUAUCAAUUCAGCUCUGCUUGUAGAAAGCUCCCCGAAGGCUCGAUGCAAUACCAGGUUGCCAUCGUCCCUUCCAGAGAAAUAACACGUACGCGUUUUUUGAGCACCCUGUAUCACGAACUCAGC